AAUCAUGACAAGAGGACUUCGAAGAUUAAAGAAUUUGAACAUUGAUGGAGAUGGUGCAGAAGCUGCUCAGGAGGAGCACGAAAAUGUGGCAGAUAAUGAGAACAAUGAAAGUUUACAGUCCCCUCCUGAUGUUGAUGGUUUAUUAGUCCGCCUGCCACACCAACCUCGAAGUCCAAUUAAGAUCAUAUGGCCAAAUGGAGAGGUUAGACAGAUUAUAGGGGAAUUCACACUUUCAAAUUUACUAGCAUUACAAGGAGGAAAGGUAAUUGUAGAGACAGAUGAAAAUGGUGUCCCAAAUGAAAGGUCAGCCUCCAUUCUUGGGCAGCACCUUGGCCAUGUAGCAGAAAGCCCAACCUUAGCCCCUUUAGACAUCCCAAGAUUUGACAAUAGCAGGUUUAAUUCACACAAGGAACAAAUAAUAAAGGAUGUUGAGCUAAAGUUUGCCUUCCCAAGGCAAACCAUACAUCUUACAAGGGACUGGAUCCUAAGGACAGUUAAUAAUAGGUGGCGAGCGUACAAAUCUAAGUUGAAGAAACAAUACUUCAAUCGUGACGAGAGAACUCUAGAAGAAAUCCUAAUAAGAGAGAAGCCACUUACGACUAAUGAACAUCAAUGGAGAUCUCUAGUUGGAAUUUGGUGCCAAGAGCAACAUAAGAAAUUAUGUUCCACAAACUCUCGUUGUGCAAAAGAACAGAAAACUGCACACACAUGUGGGAGGAAAAGCCUUGCUAGAUUAAAAAAAGAGAUGGAAACCAGAACUAAACGAAAGGUUCAUAGGAUAGAACUAUGGGAGGCAGCUCAUAAAAAGAAGAAUGGUAGAUACACAACAGAAAAGGCAGAGACACUGAUGGCUGCAUCUUAUGAGGAAUUUAAAAAAAGGAGAGGGAACAAUGAUGGUAAUCGUCUUUCAUCUAAAGAUUACAAUGAAGUGUUCAAUGAUAUUGUUGCCAAGGAUUUCAAAGCACGUGGGUACUAUGAUGAUAAGUACUGGAGUCAAGUACAAGCUUUUCAAGGUUUACCGUUUGUUAAUCAAACGGAGGAAGAAAGAAUGUACCAAGAGAAAGUAAAUGAAAUUGACAAUAAAAUGGAAUCCGUGAGUGGUCUCAUGAAGCAUUGGCUUACUUUUAUGUCAAAAAAGUAUCCAGAAGAUUUAACCCCAGAAAUGAGAGAAGCUUUACAAAAUGAAGGUGGUGAUAGUUAUGACCAAUGCAAUGAAGAUGACAAAUCUGAAAAUUAUGCUGCCAAAGAUACGAGUAGCAUCCAAGAAGAUUCAAAUGCUGACGUGACCUCUCGAACAAAUGAAGUGCAUAACAUGGUUCAUGUCGAGCAGCAGCAACAACAAUCUGGCCAUAGAAGUCUUGGACGAGCUCAAGUCCAUACAUCUGCACCACAUGAGCAAACACCUUUAAAGGAGGCACAACUUGAUGGCAAUGUAGUCAAAGAUUUGCCAAGUGAUCCUAUAUUGCACAACAUGAGAACUCGAAGGGUUCAAGCUGCCAGCAUGGGCAUAUCAGAAUCAAGACAAAAGCAAGUCUACCUUAUUUCACUGAUAAACAAAGGCAGAGUUGUGGCCAAAGGGAAGUUAGUGACUACAGAUAGCCAAAGAGAAAUAUUAGGAGCAAAGCUUGGACCAGAAUAUUGUGGGGUUCUUGUUGAAGGCCUUGAAAAUAUUGAACUUGGCAAUAUUAUAUAUGAGGAGGUACCUAGACCAUCUAAUCAGAUUCGUACACUAAUUGAUGCUAUUGGCUAUGUUAUUCCUUGGCCAAUUACACAUGUGAAACAAGCUAGAAGCUCAUCUUGUACCCGCAACAAGUUGGUACCUGCAGCACGUGGACAAAGCUAGAUGGCGUGGACAAAGCUAGAUGGGAAGCCUAGUAUAAUUGCAAAGUGAAUCAGUUAGAUUCUAGUAGUUACUAAAAUUUUUAAGUGAUAUUUGUAUGAUAUUGCCACUUUGGCUUUGCUUCUUUGUGAACACAAUUGGCAGUUACUGAACAUGUUUGCUAUCGAGUUAGUUAGCUUCUUGAUAUUUUGCCAAGGCCAAAAGCAAUAUUAUUGAGGGUUUAUAA